UGUAAAUUUUUGCCUGAAAAAAACCAUAUAAAUAGAUCAAUUUAAUAUUUGUACGCCUCGCAGGUGUGUGGAAAAUGUUUUAACGUGGCGGUGAAAAUAUCAUCAUCAUCAUUUACUUCUCGACCCGAUAUUGUAAGCCAGUUGUUCCAACUCUGAUAAAUCCGCUGUACAUUUAAGUUUAUUUGAGUUGAGCAAUUACAUGAUGGUGCCGCCAAAGGAAAACGUCGAUCUAGAAUGUUUUUUGGUAACAAAGCAUUCCUGGAAGGGAAAAUAUAAGCGUAUAUUGGCUAUUGGCACCGCUGGCAUUUCUACGUACAAUCCAGAUAAAUUUGAUUUGACAAAUCGUUGGACAUACUCGGACAUUAUUUCAGCGGCACCAAAUAAAACAUCAAAUAUACCCAAUGAAUUUGUGCUCACAAUAAAAAAAGAGAAACGCGGCGAUUCCAUACGCUUUUCAUCCGAAUAUCGUAAUGACAUACUCUGCUCGAUAUUAAAAUACUACAAAGAAUUUGCUGAUAAGCCUAAAAUUUCACAACGUUUCCCUGCUUAUAAAUAUCAUUGGUCUGGCAUAAGUUUACCCACAAUGCUUGAAGUCACACCAUGCUCAUUAGAUCAGUUGGAUCCAACAACCAAUGAAGUGCUCACCAGCUACAUGUACAAAGACAUAGAGGGCAUAAUAGUAGGCAUUUCUGACUAUGAAGGCGGCAUUGUAAUGGCCCAUGGUGGCUUUAGUCGUUUACAUCUCUUCAAAGCAUUGAAUCAUCAUGAAAUUGUGCAGAACAUUGCUCAGAGAUCAGUGCAAUUUCUUGGCAUAGAAACAAAGAUACUCAAAAGUCAAAUAACACUUGAACAAUUCGAGCGUCAACGUUUCGGUGAAUAUAGCGAUGACCAGUAUCAAACGUCUAUGACUGAAUUCACUGUUCAAAAAAUUACGCCACGUCAUCCGGAUCCAGUGAAGCGUAUACUUUGUCUCACGGAAGCAACAUUGCUGGAACGCGAUCCGCAGACAUAUAGCGUGUGCACGCUACGUCUUUUAACGGACGUAUUUGCGCUAGUGCGUGAUAAAGACAACUUGCAACGCUUUUGUAUUGAAUAUAAAAAUGGUAUUUUGCGCCAAUAUUUGACAAAUGAUCGAGAUUCAUUAUUGGCAACGCUCUUGGAUGCAGUACGUUCGAGCGGUAACAAAGAUGUGCAUGUACGCAUUAGUAAUACACCGCGUGGCAAGCGUUAUGUGCCAUUCAAUUGUUCCGUCGAUGAGGAAACCGAGGCAAAUUUGUUGCGUUUAAUCAUAAAUAAUGUGCAAAAUCCGUCGAAACGAUUCGAAAUACUGGAACGCUUUAAUGCAAAUAUUCCGCACAGUGGUCUCAAUUACAGUGUGACUCAAGAUAGUCUCUUUGCCGAGAACAAAGAGAAGCUCAUCUUGAGCGCGUUGCAAGCCUUGGCACAAAAAGAAUUAGACAAUCCAACAGCACAAUUAAACAAUCUCGAAAUUGAGGCAAUUUUUCACGCACUCACACGUUUGCUCGCUAGUAAAGUAGGGUAUGGAGCUUUUACAAACCUACCAGGUUUUCGCGAAAUUAUUGGCACUAAAAUAGUUGCCGCUCUACGCCGAAAAGAUCUUGCGGUUACAUACUCGGCCAUCGAUAUGAUCAACUCACUCAUGCACUCUGUGAAUGCUGAUCAUGAUCUGAAGCAAGAACAAUUGAACAAAUCAUCGAUACUGUCGUCCAAGUCAUUUUUAGAAACUUUGCUCAACAUGUGGACAACGCAUGUGAGUCAUGGUAGCGGUGCACUGGUACUUUCUGCGAUGUUGGAUUUCCUCACAUUCGCUCUAUGUGUGCCUUAUAGCGAAACAACGGAUGGCAAGCAAUUCGAUACGCUACUCGAAUUGGUUGCCGAACGCGGCCGUUAUUUGUAUAAACUAUUUCAACAUCCCUCGCUGGCCAUCGUUAAGGGUGCUGGACUUGUUUUGCGCGCCAUCAUCGAGGAGGGUGAGCUACACGUGGCACAACAGAUGCAAGCACUCGCCUUGGAUGAGGCAGCACUGUGUCGUCAUCUCCUUGUUGCAUUAUAUACACCAUCAAACGAUCCAACGCUGACAACUCACCGCCAGCUUUCGCGUCACUUAAUUGGCCUGUGGAUUGCAGACAGCGAGGAAGCGAUAGAAUUGUUUAAACGUAUAUUUCCCGCUGGCUUGCUAAUGUUCCUGGAGAGUGAGGAGAGCGUACCAAAGACUGAUGUAGAGGACGACAAGUUAAAUUUUCGCGAUAAUUUGAAACUUGCAAUACAACAUUCCAUUAGAAAUAGAAAGAAUAUCAUAGAAAAACACUUGCAGGACAUUAAGCAUUGGGGCAUGAACCUCUUGGAACAACAGGAUCCCGCUGCCCAGGCUAUUAAAAAUCGUCCGGUAGUGCUGCGUAAUCGUCGUCAGCGAAAGAAAAAGGACGAUGCUGUUUUAAAUUUGCCUUUCUUCUUUUACAACUUCGCCAAAGACCAUAGUCUGCCGAAUUUAAUAUGGAAUCAUAAGACUCGUGAAGAGUUGCGUAUUUGCUUGGAAAAUGAACUACGUCAAUUUAUGAAUGACCGUGACCUAGCUGGAAAUAUGAUUGUGGCGUGGAAUUAUCAAGAGUUCGAAGUUACUUAUCAAUGCUUGGCUGAUGAAAUCCAAAUUGGUGAUUAUUAUAUACGCUUAAUCUUGGAGAAAGACGAUUGGCCACAAAAUCUCGUAAAAGAUCCCAUCGAGCUCUUCAAUGCGCUUUAUCGUCGUGUGCUAUGCCGUCAGCGUGUCAAUGAUGACCAACUUACGGUGGUGUCGCUGCAAGCCCUUGCGAAAGUCUAUCGUCGUUAUCACAAAGAAAUCGGUCGUUUUAGUGAUAUGUCUUAUAUCCUUCAGUUAACAGAUCGGUGCCUAUCCCCAUCACUGCGCGAUGCACUCAUAAAUCUUAUAUCCUGCCUGGUGCUGGAGAAAUCCAAUUGCCGUCCACUUGUUGAUCACGUGCAGUGCCUUGUUGAUCUGAUCACUCUGGCACAUUUACAUAAAGGGCGUGCGCAGCCCAACACAAAAACCAAUGUCAUAGAGGCUGGACCAAAUAUGGAUGCGUAUGAGGAGAAGGAUUGGUAUUACAAUAUUGAAAAAGAGGGACAGAAAUCAGAACGACAAGGCCCGAUCACAUACUCGGAAUUGAAGGAGCUCUGGCAAAAGGGUGUUAUCACACCAAAAACGCGCUGUUGGGCCAUCGGCAUGGAUGGUUGGCGAUCGCUACAACAAAUUCCGCAACUUAAGUGGUGCCUUAUCGCCAAGGGUACACCCAUAUAUAACGAAACCGAGUUGUCCUCAAAGUUAUUGGAUAUACUCAUAAAAUGCACGAGCUUCUUCCCAAGUCGCACUCGAAAUGGCACGGCCGUACUUAUACCCGGACCCAAACUUUCACGUAAAUUAUCGGAAUUCGUGUGUCUGCCGCAUAUUGUACAGGUGUGCCUCACACAUGAUCCCGGCUUGUUGGAGCGCGUUGCAACGCUGCUCUGCCAGAUUAUGGAGGACAAUCCGGAAAUGCCGAAAGUAUACUUGACGGGUGUAUUCUAUUUCAUGCUCAUGUACACCGGUAGCAAUAUACUGCCUAUAACAAAGUUCCUAAAAAUGACACAUAUGAAACAGGGCUUUCGCAGUGAUGAGACAUCGCAAUCCGGCAUAAUGCAUCGCAGCAUUUUGGGACAAUUGUUGCCUGAGGCAAUGGUGUGCUUUUUGGAGAAUUACAGCGCUGAGAAAUUCGCGGAAAUAUUUUUAGGUGAAUUCGAUACACCUGAAGCGAUUUGGAGUUCAGAGAUGCGACGUUUGUUGAUUGAAAAAAUAUCUGCACACAUUGCGGACUUCACGCCUCGUUUAAAGGGGCACACGAUGGCGCGCUAUCCAUACCUUGCCAUACCAGUCAUUAGUUACCCACAGCUGGAAAAUGAACUCUUCUGCCACAUCUAUUACCUGCGUCACCUUUGUGAUACACAGAAAUUUCCCAACUGGCCCAUUGCUGACCCUGUGCAGUUGUUAAAACACACAUUGGAUGCUUGGCGAAAGGAGGUUGAGAAGAAGCCCCCACAAAUGACUGUGCAACAGGCGUACCAAGAUUUAGGUAUCGAUUUGGCAAAAACACCAAAGCCAGAUGAAUCGUUGAUACGCAAAAGUUACUAUCGUUUGGCGCAAAUGUACCAUCCGGAUAAGAAUCCGAAUGGUCGUGAGAUAUUCGAGAAAGUUAAUCAGGCUUAUGAAUUCUUGUGUUCGCGCUCAGUGUGGUCUUCAGGCGGGCCGGACCCCAAGAACAUAGUGCUUGUAUUACGCACACAAAGUAUACUUUUCGAGCGCUAUGCCGAUGUAUUGCGUCCCUAUAAGUAUGCUGGCUAUCCUCAGCUGAUAAAGACCAUCCGCCUGGAGACACGUGAUGAUGAACUUUUCUCGAAAGAGGUGCAACUGCUGUCAGCCGCAUCGGAGCUUUGCUAUCAUACCGUGCACUGCUCUGCAUUGAAUGCGGAAGAAUUGAGACGCGAAGAGGGUAUCGAAGCACUUUUGGAGGCCUAUACUCGUUGCGUAUCCAUUUUGGGCGCCGAUUCCAAGCCCGACUCGCUGCACUAUCAAGUAAUCUCGAAUGUGACGCGCUGCUUCGAGGUGGCCUGCAACUUUGAAAAAUGCAAAGAAAAGAUUAUCACGUUACCACAGCUGCUCUCGGAUGUCUGUCGCGUGGUAUACUUUAAGCACACACUCUCUGUCAGCCUAGUGACCAGCAUGGCGGCCAACAACUAUGAACUUCAAUGUAACUUGGUACGUAAUGGCGUACUCUGGUCGUUGCUAAUAUUCUGGUUCGAUUAUGAUUACACGCUGGAUGAGAGCGGCGUACAAGCUAGCGAUAAAAGCAAUCAGCAACAGGUGGCUAACAACUUGGCGAAAAUGGCUGUGCUAGCUUGUAUUGCACUCGCUGGUUACGGCUUAGAAUUGCAUAAGACACCCAAUGGAACUGACAGUGCCAGCGGCGAUGGCAGCGAAUCACCGACCACAGCUGCAAUUGCAUCUAUACCAAAUGUGGCUAUUGCUUCACCCUCCUCCUCAGCAUAUACGAAAAAUGCACAUAACCCGCUGCAAAAUGCCACCAAGCAAUUAGCUAUAACGACUGGGAGAUCCGCCGAAGCGGGGACGAAGGUUGUUGCUAAACAGGAUUCCAAUGCCAGUAACAAAUCAGAUGCAGUUUCCAAUGCAUCAUCCACUGAAAAGGAAGCAAGUGGGGAGGCGAAUAGCAGUUCAAGCGCUAAGAGCAACGACAUAAACCUACCGAAAUAUACAAUAAUUUCUGAAGCGAAAAACACAAUCGUGAAGCAGGUGCUGGAUCGCUUGCUCACACCAUACAUAGCGAAUAAAUUGCCCAUUGAACGCGCCGGCGAUAUUUUAAAAUUACUUACAUCAAAUACGCGAAAUCCCUACUUAAUCUGGGACAAUGGUACGCGCGCGCAACUGAUUGAUUUCUUGGAAACGCAGCGCACCACGGCUGUUAAGGAAACAUUCGAAGAUGUAGCUGAGGUGUAUAAUUUAGUUUCAGAAUUCCAAUACGAUGCUAGCAAAGAUGAACUACAUAUUGGCGGUGUCUACAUACGUAUCUACAAUGAAAUGCCAACAUUCCCCAUAUCCAAGCCGAAACAAUUCAUCAUGGAUUUGCUGGAAUAUCUUAAGCAAGCUUAUCAUUUUCUGACCACCAACAACACUGACGGAAAGGUCAAUUCAUAUCCUGCACCUAUUGCGACCAGCAAAAUAGGACAAGAUGGCAUUCUUACACCAAUACUGGCGCCGAAUCAUCCACAAUGGCAGCAGCAACCCCCAAGAACUGGCAAAACGUUUGAUGAAGUGCUGAACGCUUACAAUCGCUCAAAGAUACGUAACAAACUCGAAGCUAAUGCCUUACUCGAACAGCAACAAAUGCAACAGCAAUACAGAUACGAUUUUGUAAACGAUGCAGCAUUGCAGCCACAUGUGAUAAUGGUGCUGCAGGCCCUAAUGGCUGUGAUAAAAUGCAAUGCUGAAGUGGAGAUACAAUGCAUUGGCAGUUUCAAUAUGAUCUUUGGUUUCCUAGCGCAUAAUUUGUUUAAAGACAACACCACCGUUAAAACGAUAGCGCUCGAAGUGGUUGCCUUAGUUUCACGCAAUAAGGAAUGCGUGUCGGAGAUAGCGGCUUGCGAAUUGCUUGGCCAAUUUUUGGUAGCAUUAAAAGAUCCCGAUUUGCGCAGCAGUCAAGUAAAAGUGCUCGAAACUAUGUCUGGUCUCAUGAAUGUACAGGAAAUGAUUAAGGAGGCACAAAACAAGGGUGCCGUCAUUUAUUUGUUGGAUAUGUUUUGCAAUUCGCGUAAUCCACAGAUACGUGAAAUGUGCGCCGAAAUAAUGGCCAAGAUGACUGCGGAUCGAUUAAGUGGGCCGAAGGUGCGUAUUACAGUAUCAAAGUUUCUGCCGCCACUAUUUGUCGAUGCUAUGGUGGAAUCGCCACAAACUUCGGUGCAAUUAUUUGAAUCCAUACAUGAGCAUCCUGAACUGAUAUGGAAUGAUAAGACCAGAGGCAAUGUCUGUGAUGCCGUAGCGGAUUUGUGUGAGAGUUUCUAUCGAGCGCAAAACGUCAACGAAAAACAUCUUUGGAAGGAUCCAGAAAUGCUGAAGGACAUCGUCUCCAAUGAAAUUGUAGUCGCAGGCGUGUAUUUACGUCUAUUUGUCAGCAAUCCUGCAUGGACGUUACGCAAGCCUAAACAGUUUUUAGCAGAUCUGCUGGAUUUCGUUGUGGAGCAAAUCAGCAAAAGCUCUAGCGAGAAAGAUACAUUGGAAUUGUCAACAACAGCUUUAGUAGAGCUACUGCGUUCGCAGCCAAAUCUGGCCGAUGAUAUACCGGUUUUGGGUCACAUACCUAAGCUUUUUAAUUUGUUGCCCGUGCAGCCUAAGAGCACACUAUCAGUAUUACACCAACUCUCAUUAUCGGAGUUUUGUGUAAGUGCUGUUUCACAAACUGAAUGCAUAUUGCCGCUCAAGAAAUGCAUGGAACAUCAUCGCGAUUGCAUUGAAAAGUCCUGUGAGACACUCAGCAGACUAUUCAAAUAUCAACAUGAUUCACUCAUCAGUCAAUCGUUGGAAGUGAAUUUAGUGCCAUUUUUAUUGGGCCUCCUUGAUAGUCGUCUGGAGUAUGUGGACAAUGCAUCCGCUGUGAAGGCGCAAAUUGUUGCCGCACUUAAGGGUAUGACACACAAUCUCAAUUACGGUGAACGGGUUACGCAAAUAUUGCUGAAACAUCCCAUAUGGGCGGAGUACAAAGAUCAACGGCAUGAUCUUUUCAUAACCGACACCAAUAUAAGGGGAUAUCUGACAGGUGUAAAUCCCACCGCUGGCUACUUGACGCAAGGACCAACGCAAAGUGUCGACGUACUCACCUCACCACCGCCCAUUGAUCGCGAUGAUCCGUCAGCGCGGCCGGCCAUAGAUUAGUAAACAUUCAAGGCUUGCUGCAACAGCAAACACAUGCUGAAGCUUUUGUCGAUGCUAUGGCAACAGAAUAAGACAAUUAUAGUAUUGUCAAGGCUUUAAUUGAGAUCACGAUGUAAAGCAAAGCAAUUUCACUGCAUGUGUUAUUUGCAACAUUGGUGCAUAGCGCUUGUAGACACUCAAAAGAAAUUACGCGGCACCGAAAAACAUUGAAUCCAAAUGCACCCAAUUAAGGCGUCACAUAAUGAUUUAUUACUUAUUUGUGAACGUUGUUUUUGUAUUACUAUAUUGUUACUAAGUUACAUGUUUCUUUAUACAAGAGCGUUAAGCAAAGUAUUUUUUUUUUUUCAAAAUUAAGAAUAAUUAAUGUUUCCUUAAAUUGUGUAUAUCUACUAAUUCCUAAAUGAAUUGAAUAUUUUUUAAUGCACUUACUGUGGGAUCGAUAUAUAUAUAUAUACAUGUGUGUGUUUUUUUAAUCCAAAACACCAAUACACCAAUGCCAGUUAUGCUUGCAACAAUGGUGUUAAAUUAAAUUGAAAAUUGCAGCGUAGCAGCUUGUACGCAAGUCAAGCAAAAAGCAAGUAAUAUGAAUACGCAACUAAAUUAUCAUAAUUUUCAAGCAUACUCACUGGAACACACACAGAAAUACGCACUUAAUUACAUGGAAUUUUUAUAUUUGUAGUUUAUAAUGUUUACAAAUCCAUACAUACAUAUGUAAGUAUGCAGCAUAUAGUACAUAAUUACAUACACACA